AUGUUUGAAAGUUACGCCAGACUGCAACGCAAUUUAUACCCGGUAUUGGGUAAGUCGGAGACGACUACCAUAGAAGCUUUAGGAAUUCUUACAAAAGAUGUUCCAUCCUUCACCAUCGAACUGGUUCACGGUAUGUGGGAACGGGACGGAGGACGUGAUGGUAAUUUACACGGACUAAAUAGGCGCCAUAAAUCUUUUAUAGUCGGUAUGAAACAUGCGCAGGCGCACGCAUAG